UAUUCGAAUAACAGGCUAAUUUCUAUCUUUUUUCUGUUCUUCCGAUAUGUCAAAUAGCAAAAGAGUCACAUUUUGGGAUAUACAGAGAAUGUAAAUUGUUUUGUUGUCAUUUGUUUCUUGACAAUGGCACGAGUCAGUACCGAAAGCUCGAAAUCGACAAAUAAAAUUAUUGAAUUUAGUUAAAAUUCUUAAUAUGUAUUUUGUUGCGGUCUUAUACAAGUUAUGAUCAAUUUCGAUUAUCAAAUGUAUCAGUUUUAAUUGUACUAGUUUACAGUUCUAUGGUUCAGUAAACUUUACUUUUUAACUGCAACUCGUGCAUACUUAAUCCUGGUCAGUCGGAAUCGACAUAGAUAUAUGUAAAAGUAGAAGAAUCAAAGCUAAACUUAAAAGAAAAUCGACCGAGAGUGGGAAAAUUAUGCCGUAUAAAUUUAGAUAAUCAAAGUUAUCAUUCACAUUUUUUUUCCUUCUCAUUUAGCCAUCAAAUAAUAAUAAUUCAACGAUAACUGAUUUCAAUAUGUUACAUACAUUAUCGGAAAAUGACUGGAAAAAAUAUUGUCUUGUUAAUCUCAUGAUAUCGAAUCCUAAUCAAACAAUGUCGACAAUUAUUGGUUAUCCAGCAUCAAUACGUACCUAUGAUGUAGGUGGAAUGUGUUCAAUUCCAUUUGAAACGACAAAAAAUAAUGUUACUAAAGAAUUAAAUUUAAAUACGGGUAUUACAUUUGUUAGUAAAUAUUUAUUAAACAGUAAAAAUUCAUCGAUUCUAUUUGAUUUGAUUAUGAAAACAAGUUACUUGUAUUUAAGACAAAUGGGAUUAAAUUUAACAUUGUGUAGUGUCAAUGAAACAAAACGUCGAUUUUUUGCUAAUGACGAUGUAGCACCUAUUGUUGAAAAAUGUUUGGAUUUAUUAUCAUCAACUCUAAAACAGUCGUUAAAACGUCGCUCUCAUUUAUGUUUUAAUCAAAUUGAAGAUAAUUUUUCAACAAUAAUAUCUAAAAAACAAGUUUAUUAUCAAACAUGUGAAGAAAAUACAGAUCAAUCAAUUGUUAUAGAUAGUAAAAACACAAAUCGAAAAAAACCGUAUAUUGAAAAUGCUUUAAAUAAUGAUUAUCGUGCAUCGUUUUUCGAACAAAAUCUUGUUGGACUUAUUGUGGGUUUUUCUCUCUGUUUAUGGGUUCCGAUAUCGUGUUUUGUGCACUUUUGUAUUGAUGAAAAAAAUAAAAAAAUGUCUAUGUCCUCGAGCAAUGAUUCAACGAAUGAAUUACUCUCAUCACCAACAUUAAGAAAAGCGACAAGACAUCGAUCAACUGUUUUAUCUGAAUUACAACCAUGUUUAAAUAAUAGUGUUCAACGAGAAUCCAUUCAAACUCAGACCGAGUAA